UAAGUUAGUUAGCCUACAACAGAUUCGCCUGUUGGUUAAGUGAUGGGUCUAAUAGUUGGCUAGAUACACUUUAAGGGAAUCCCAACAAUGAGCUUUGUAGCCCUAAUAGUCUACAUUCAGGGUCGAAAGAUUUGACCUGUUCUUCAUUAUUGCUGACACAUAAAUGGAAGAACAGCUAUUUACCUAGCAUUAGCAAGUUAGCUAGUUAACAGAUACCCUUUGAAAAUUUAACUAGCCGUUGUACCAUGCAUCGCACCUGCGUACGGAAUGGUUGAUGACCUAGUAUGUAUUGUUCCGUCUUUAUCAGCUACCUGCGCACAUACCGUUUCUUUACAGAAGGGGAACGACACCAGUUCUGUCUAUCGGAAACUUUAGAGGAAGCGACUCAACAGGAUGAAGCCCGGGACAUUGAGCUGAAGAGGAACAGGGAAAUUCUCUGUGGCCUGCAGGCUACGUGUUUGAAAGUAGAGAAGAGUCGUGAGGCCACACAGCUUGAGUUAAACGCUACAGAGAGGGCAAUUCAGAGCCUUUCCGACGAAAUGAUGCAACUGCAACUGCGUGCCAGUGAUCUGGAGUCAGCUUCACAAGCAAUUUACCUGCAAAACAUUAAGCUUCAGCACAAAAUAGAGGAAGAGGCGGAUAACUUUCAGCUGAUGCUCAAGAGAUACAACAUGUACCGGGAUAAAAUGGAAACGCACAAGACGGCCAUCUUGAUGCAAGAAAGCCAAAGCGCAGUUCACAGGGAGCUGGUGGAGAAGAGAGGGCUGAUAAACCAGCGAAAAGCGGAGAGAGAGAGACUGCUGGCAGACCUUGAGAAUCCAGAGGGAAAUGCCAUGAAGCAGGCACAGAAAGAAGUUGAUGAGCUGAGGGUGCAGAUAUCUGCCGUGAAGGAGGUGGUUUUCAGUAAAACACAGCUGCUGGUGAAGGAACAGGAGACCCACAUGCAGCUGAGAGAGGACAUUGAGAUUCAGAACGGUGUGAAGCCAUCCUGAGGCGCAUGCGCUCUCAGUUGCACAAAGCGCAGUCCAAUCACAGGCAACUCACCGGGGACAUCUGCUGGCUGGAGCAGGAAGCAGCUGACCUCAGGAGGCGCCUACAAAUCCAAGAGGGAACCCCAGGAGAAUUCUAAUUGUUUUGAAUU